CACUUUGGAUUGGCCACGAGGGCUCCAGGGGACCCCCCUCCCACUACCACUGGAAUAAGAGCCAACAGCUCCGCCGGGAAGACGCCCACAACAGGCUUUGUGUCUAUCCGGGUGGACCCGCGGCUUGCUCUCUCCUGCAACUCAAGUCGCCAGAGAGGCAUUAUGGGCUUCGGGACGUCCUCCCCCUUCUUGGCUUUCAGCAUCUUGGUCCUGUGCCAGGCAGGCGGCCUCCAGGCGGCACCACUUAGGUCAGCUCUGGAGAGCCUCCCAGACCCGGCUGCACUCAGUGAGAAAGAAGGGCGCCUCCUACUGGCUGCACUGGUGAAGGCCUAUGUGCAGAGGAAGACCAAUGAGCUGGAGCAGGAGCAGGAGCUGGAGCAGGAGACAGAGGGCUCCAGCGUCACUGCCCAGAAGAGAGCCUGCAACACUGCCACCUGUGUGACCCAUCGGCUGGCAGGCUUGCUGAGCAGAUCUGGAGGUGUGGUGAAGAGCAACUUCGUGCCUACCAAUGUGGGCUCGGAAGCCUUUGGCCGUCGCCGCAGGGACCUUCAGGCCUGAGCUGCUAAAAGACUCCAGGAAGAAGGUUACCAUGAAACUGAACUCACCGCUUCUAUUAAUUUCUGUUGACAACAACUUGGUGAGAAGGCCCCAUGGAAGAUAUAUAUGUUUGCAUCCUAAUAGAUAUCGAAAAAAGCACCUUUGUCACUCAAAAGGAAUGAAAUUGAAUGCAAAAUAAGCUAAUUCCAUUUUGUUUUGCAUCCUUUUUAUAUUUGAUGCUCUGUGCAGUAAAUGUGAUGGCAUCUCUCAUCAGCUUAUCUGGUAGCAAAUUGGUUCUUUGAGAGCUAUCCUGUUGAUCAUGGCAGCUUUGCCAAACUGUAGGGGGACAUGAAAUCACUGCCUCUUGUGGCCUUUGGGGACACAUGGUAUUGGUGAUGCUACUAUGCCUUGUUGUCUAAGAACAUGACUGUAUAAUUUGUUUAAGGAAAUGUCAAUAUUGUCUCAUUUGUGAACAUCAAGAUU